UGUUAAGUGAAGAAGGCAGAAUACAAUUUUGCAAGGCAUUAUCCCAAUUAUGCCAGCCAUGCGAUGGAUAUGCAGAGAGAAAUACCGCAGGCAACAUACUAAUAUAUUAACUGUAAUUGACUCUAGGAGGUAAAACUGAGUUUUAUUUUCCCCAUAUCCCAUUUAUGCAACAGAUUUUAAAAAGUGUUUUACGGCAAUUCAAAAAUUGCCUGUGUUGAAAAGCAUGAAAGUACAUGAAAUUGUACUACUCUGGAAACCCCAGGAAGUGUAUAGUUUGGAAAGCCAGGGCCACCUGCUAGUGGGUGAGUCACGGGCACGGGCUCGCACCUGCCACACAGACGCCACACAGGCUGCUGCGCGUUUCCAAGCAAAUGCCCCACGUGCGCCAACGGCCACCUCGGACGUGGCUCCGCCUGGCCCGUAGCCAGAGGAAGUCCGGCAACUUCUGCUCUUUCUUAAUUUCUGGAAAAGAGGGAACAGAGGCCUUUUCAAAGUUCGCAGGAUCGGGCCUUUUCGUGCUCCACUUUGGAAUAAAUCGGAAGCCAGGGACUUCCAGGAGCGCCGCCGCCGUCCCGGACCUGCAGCGCCCGAGAGCGUCCUCACUGCGGCCCGGGUGAGCGGCCUGGGAAAGGCCCCGGGCACGACGCUCCGGGAGCUGCUGGCGCCCUCUUUGAAGUCUCCCGACGGGCUCCGAGCCUCUCAUAAGCCAACGACUACCGACCAGCCCCGGUGACCAGAGGCCAGCCACGCGGUCGCCCUGGGACGCGCAUCCUCCGCAGGGACAAAGGGUCGGGAAACUUGAGCUCUGGCCAGUCCCCAGAGACCCGCGCUGGUGGUUGCCAUGGCAACUGAGUAGGGCCCUCUGAGGCCGGCCGCCCAGGCGCUGCAGCUGCGAAGGUGACCCGGCCCGCUCUGGAGGGGGGCCCGCAACCGGGCCCUGGCCGCCCCGCCCCGCCCCGCCACCAGGCCGCGGCCGCGGGAGUCGGCGACUGACCCUCCGCAGCUCCUGUAGUCACGUGGCGCUGGGAACCCGGCGGGGGGAGGUUGGGGACGGGCCUGGCAGUUGUGAACUCGAACCUGCCGCUGUCGCCGCGGCGGGGCGAGGAGCGGGAGCGGGCCGCGGAAGCCGGCCUUCGGGCUCCAUGGACGGGCGCCGCGCCCCUGCACAGCCCGCAGCAGAGGUAAGGCUGGCCUCUCUGCAGUCAGAGGUCUGAGCUCUGCCAUGGGGGUAGGGGUGUCUUUAUUGCUGCAGUUUUCUCUGACACCUGGGGGCUACCGGAGUGUGGGCCGAAGCAGGCGCUGCAGCCGCCGAAGUAUCCCCAGGAACAUCCCCAGGAGGAGCUGGAGAAAGCCUGAUCCCCAGCUCUGCAGUCUCCAGGCCGAGGAAGAACCGAUGCUGGAACGUCGUUGCAGGGGCCCCCUGGCCAUGGGCGUGGCCCAGCCCCGACUCCUUUCUGGCUCCUCCCAGGAGUCACCCCAGACCCUGGAGAAGGAGCCCCGCAGGCUGAGGCAACAAGGCAUAUCAGUGGCCCAGUCUGGUGCCCAAGCCCUGGGCAGGGCCCAUCGCUGUGCCCACUGUCGAAGGCACUUUCCUGGCUGGGUGGCUCUAUGGCUUCACGCCCGCCGGUGCCAGGCCCGGCUGCCCUUGCCCUGCCCUGAGUGUGGCCGUCGCUUCCGCCAUGCCCCCUUCUUAGCACUGCACCGCCAGGUCCAUGCUGCUGCCACCCCAGACCUGGGCUUCGCCUGCCAUCUCUGUGGGCAGAGCUUCCGAGGCUGGGUGGCCCUGGUUCUGCAUCUGCAGGCCCAUUCGGCUGCAAAGCGGCCCAUCGCUUGUCCCAAAUGCGAGAGACGCUUCUGGCGACGAAAGCAGCUUCGAGCUCAUCUGCGGCGGUGCCACCCUCCCGCCCCGGAGGCCCGGCCCUUCAUAUGUGGCAACUGUGGCCGGAGCUUCGCCCAGUGGGACCAGCUAGUUGCCCACAAGCGGGUGCACGUAGCCGAGGCGCUGGAGGAGGCUGCAGCCAAGGCUCUGGGGCCCCGGCCCAGGGGCCGCCCCGCGGUGACCGCCCCCCGACCCGGUGGAGAUGCUGUCGACCGCCCCUUCCAGUGUGCCUGCUGUGGCAAGCGCUUCCGGCACAAGCCCAACUUGAUCGCCCACCGCCGCGUGCACACAGGCGAGCGGCCCCACCAGUGCCCUGAGUGCGGGAAGCGCUUCACCAAUAAGCCCUACCUGACUUCGCACCGCCGCAUCCACACCGGCGAGAAGCCCUACCCGUGCAAGGAGUGCGGCCGCCGCUUCCGGCACAAACCCAACCUGCUGUCUCACAGCAAGAUUCACAAGCGAUCCGAGGUGUCGGCCCAGGCCGCCCCCGGCCCGGGGAGUCCCCAGCGGCCAGCCGGCCCCCAGGAGUGCGCAGCCGAGUCCACCCCGGUGGCGCCGCUGAAACCCGCCCAGGAGGCGCCGCCGGCGGCCCCGCCAGAGCCCGCGCAGGACCGGGCGGAGGCGGCCCCGUCCCUCUACAGCUGUGACGACUGCGGCAGGAGCUUCCGGCUGGAGCGCUUCCUGCGGGCCCACCAGCGGCAGCACACCGGGGAGCGGCCCUUCGCCUGCGCCGAGUGCGGGAAGAACUUCGGCAAGAAGACGCACCUGGUGGCGCACUCGCGCGUGCACUCGGGCGAGCGGCCCUUCGCCUGCGAGGAGUGCGGCCGCCGCUUCUCCCAGGGCAGCCACCUGGCGGCGCACCGGCGCGACCACGCCCCCGACCGGCCCUUCGUGUGCCCCGACUGCGGCAAGGCCUUCCGCCACAAGCCCUACCUGGCGGCGCACCGGCGCAUCCACACCGGCGAGAAGCCUUAUGUCUGCCCCGACUGUGGCAAAGCCUUCAGCCAGAAGUCCAACCUGGUGUCGCACCGGCGAAUCCACACGGGCGAGCGGCCCUACGCCUGCCCCGACUGCGACCGCAGCUUCAGCCAGAAGUCCAACCUCAUCACCCACCGCAAAAGCCACAUCCGGGACGGCGCCUUCUGCUGUGCCAUCUGUGGCCAGACCUUCGACGAUGAGGAAAGGCUCCUGGCCCACCAGAAGAAGCACGAUGUCUGAGACGGUGGGCGGGGCCGGGAAGGCUGAGAGAGGCCUGGGGUUCCUCGUGGAGGGAGUCACAGUGGGCUGGGGAUGCCUGCCUCGUGCUGGGUUAGGGUACAAUGGGAAUC